UCUUGUUUCCAGCCGUAGCUAGAACAGCAACUCAUCUGAACCGGUAAACACACAUACACACACAACAUUAUUUCCAUAUGUACCUAGCUUAGCUCAGCUAGUAUCAUUGCAAGAAACCACAGAAAACAAACCAGCCAUGGGGGUGGAAAUCCUGAGCUCCAUGGUGGAGGACUCCUCCCAGUACUCUUCCGGCGCGUCCACGGCCACGACGGAGUCAGGCACCACGGGAAGAGCACUGACGGCUCUGAGCCUACCAGUCGCCAUCGCCGACGAGUCCGUGACCUCGGCGCAGUCGGCGCCGUCGCGGUUCAAGGGCGUGGUGCCUCAGCCCAACGGGCGGUGGGGUUCCCAGAUCUACGAGCGCCACGCUCGCGUCUGGCUCGGCACGUUCCCGGACCAGGACUUGGCGGCGCGCGCCUACGACGUAGCCGCGCUCAGGUACCGCGGCCGCGAUGCCGCCACCAACUUCCCGUGCGCGGCCGCGGAGGCGGAGCUCGCCUUCCUGGGGGCGCACUCCAAGGCCGAGAUCGUCGACAUGCUCCGGAAGCACACCUACGCCGACGAGCUCCGCCAGGGUCUGCGACGCGGCCGCGGCAUGGGGGCGCGCGCGCAGCCGACGCCAUCGUGGGCGCGGGAGCCCCUCUUCGAGAAGGCCGUGACCCCAAGCGAUGUCGGCAAGCUCAAUCGCCUCGUGGUGCCGAAGCAACACGCCGAGAAGCACUUCCCUCUGAAGCGCACCCCGGAGAGGACGACCACCACCGGCAACGGCGUGCUGCUCAACUUUGAGGACGGUGAGGGGAAGGUGUGGAGGUUCCGGUACUCGUAUUGGAACAGCAGCCAGAGCUACGUGCUCACAAAGGGCUGGAGUCGCUUCGUCCGGGAGAAGGGCCUCGCUGCCGGCGACUCCAUCAUCUUCUCGUGCUCGGCGUACGGCCAGGAGAAGCAGCUCUUCAUCGACUGCAAGAAGAAUACGACCGUCAACAGCGGCAAAUCGGCGUCGCCGCUGCCAGUGGUGGAGACUGCCAAAGGAGAACAAGUCCGCGUCGUUAGGCUGUUCGGUGUCGACAUCGCCGGAGUGAAGAGGGGGCGAGCGGCGACGGCGGAGCAAGGCCCGCCGGAGUUGCUCAAGAGGCAAUGCGUUCCACUUCCACACGGUCAGCGCUCUCCUGCCCUAGGUGCUUUCGUCUUAUAGCAUCUGCACAUACAGCUCUAUAUAUUUAUACUUUUCCUCCCUUUUCUUCUUGUUGUUAAAUGAUAUAUGCUGAUCCUGUUCGUGGAUUAGAUAAAUUCUCUGUAGAACUCUAUUGCAAGCCGGAUUGCAAAUUGAGUUGUAUUAAUAUGUAAUUAUGUGUGUGUGCACAACUAGGAAUUCUAGCUAGAGAGGUCACAAUGACCCGACGAUGUUGGUUGCACAUCUAUGUAUGUACUAUCAUUUUGGCGCAUCAAAAAGUUCCAUUCUGCCUUCUCAUCAAGAGAUGUGUUUGUGUAUGUUUCAAUGAAAAUUUGU